CCUCGAAAUGGCUAUGAUGACGGACCAGUCCCCUUUGGUCUGUUACGCGGUCUGUUUGAUCGAACACGGGAGCCCCCGCGUGACUGGGGAAGCACCACCUCGGCGUGAUGAAGAGUCGCUUCUGCGAUCGGUUGUAAUUCUGAACGCGCCUUUUCCUGAAUCCUCUCAGCGUACCGCGUUGUCGCAUUCUCACGUCCCGAUGCCAGGGAGAUCAUGCGGCACAACUCGAAACGCAAUGCAUCCCCAAACACGCGUGGGUCCCGUAUUUCCAGGAACGUACGACUGCUAUAUGGCUUAGGUCGCGAAGCCGGUCUGCUUUUGGCCUCCGUCCCUAGGUUCGUCCAGUCCUACCGUCCUCCACUCCUUCCUGCUUGUGCGCGUUGGCAGCGAUGUCGGCAAGCGGCUCGGAAGACCGGCUUGUGAUCGCAUCUGAACCCCCCGCGGGGUACGAUGCCACGGGGACGCAGCCAACGGCUCCUGCAGCCGCCACACCCACGACGACCGCAGCAGAGCGCACUUCAGGCGCAACGACCGCCGCCGCUGCAAAGAAGCAGCCAUUUUACAAGCGCAAAUGGUUCAUCGCGUGUCAAAUCGUGACGGCGAUAGUUGGCAUCGUCCUGAUCUUCGUUCUGCUCUUCCCUGUCGUCAGAGCCAUCGCGCAGGCCAUCGUGAACAAAUCGCAACUCAACGUGGAGAAGGCUUCCAUCCUGACCCCCCAAAAUACGACCUUUCAGCUGCAUAUGGAAGGAUAUGUAUCGCACACCGGUAUAUUCAACGCGAAGAUAGCGUUCCGUGAGCCUAUCAGCGUGGCCUGGGUCGACCAAAACGGCGACCAAGAGGUCGUGCGCAACCUCGGUACGAUGGAGCUCCAGCCGCUCUACGCCAAAGGGAGCACGAAACGCGCCCCACUGAACCAGUCGACGACGUUCACUAUCACGGACGAGGACGCGUUUGGAGAGUUCACUAUUGCAAUGAUCACGCGCCAGAACUUCACAUGGCGUUUGACGAGCAACAACCUUCAAGUGAACGCUCUCAGGUUUCCUGCGGCGAAAGGUCUUCACUUCAACAAGGACGUAGUCCUGAACGGGAUCAACAACUUCGAUGGCAAGAUCGUGCUCGAAGACUUCCAGCUGCCAAGCGAUGCAGCGAAUGGGAUCAAUUUCGUCGCUAAAACGAGUCUGGACAACACGAGCCCCUUUCAAGUCGAUCUAGGCACAUGCGUCUUCGCACUGAGCUAUCGCGAGGUUAGCCUUGGGGAGGGAACUAGCACCGGUCUUACGCUGACUGCGGGCAACAACUCCGUUGAUAUGUCGGGCGUGCUUGUCAAGCAUACGAAUGAAACCGAACUCGUAGUCAUGGGCGAACUCUUCACACAGUACCUUAACAGCGAGAUCUCGCCGGUCAUCGCGAAGGGAGUCAGCUCACGACAGUCUGAUGGUGCUGCCGUCUCUUGGCUUUCUGCGGGGUUGGAGGCGUUGUCGCUCACGGUUCCAUUCAAACCCAACGCGCCUAUCAACCCCAUACAAUCCAUAGAUGUCCCGUACAUGACCCUCGGGUUCACGCCGGAGACGGCUUGGCAGCCUUCGACCUCGAGCUACGGCGUGCAAGCUCACAUGAAGUUGCCCUUUGGCUUUCACGUGUCUAUCGGCCAGAUCGAGAACGCGUUCAACAUCUCUCAUAGCAGUAACAACAUUGCGUCUCUUUCUACGUCAUUGGGCCAGUCCACGUCCGAUAUCAAAGUCCUGAGCUCAACGGACACCGAGGGGAUCGUCAAUAUCACAAUCGAGAACACGCCCCUUGUGGUUCCUAACAACGACGCAAAUCAUGACCUGUUCUCGAUGUUCAACCUCAAUCUCACGCAGCAAACCCAGUCAGAUUUCCGGCUGGUCGGGCACGCACGCGCCGUUGCGAACAUGAGCAUCGGGUCUAUCGUCCUCAAUCCCAUCAAGUUCGACGUGCCUUCGCAGCUCAAAGGCUUAGGUGGCCUUCAGAAUGCCACGAAGAUUUCCAGUGUCGAUGUCUUAGGCGGGACGAACGACGCGAUGACUCUGGCGAUCAACGUCUCGAUUCACAAUCCGUCGAACCUCAACCUGAACACGGGCAAUUUGACGAUGCAGCUGUAUCGCGGCGGUGGAUACAUGGGCACGACGCUCCUGCCGAACCUAAAUCUGACGAUGGGGGAUAAUAUUAUCCAAGCUACCGCGGCGUUUGACCCCAAUGCUAGCGGCGAAGGCAAGCAGACUUUGGAUGACUUCGUGGGUGGUACAGACGCCGACAUAAUUAUCAAGGGUUUCGACUCCAGUACCGAAGUCGCUUCCCUGCUGGGUGCUUUCAAAACGCUGAGUUUAGGAGCGACUCUGCCUGGUCUGACGUCGAGGCUUCUUGAUAGUGCCUCGCUGACUAUCUUGGAAACGACCGGCAUCACGAACAACAUCUCUCACGUCACUGUUUCUCUCGCUAAUCCAUUCACUGCUGCCUUGCAAAUCACCAGCAUCGCGUCGACGGUCUCCUCGCAUGGCCUAACUCUCGGUACCAUCAAGUCGACCGAUGCGUUCACGUCUGACGGGAAAGCCACGACGAACUCACCAGAGCUCGAUCUGGACAUGGACCUCGAUCCCGCGGUGAUCUUCUCGUUGCUCCGCGCUCUGGCGGUGGAUCAGGGGAUGGACACGGCUCAGGUCGAUGGCAUCAUGGAGAUCGGCGGCAUUCAAUUAGCUCAAACGUAUGGAAGGCGGAACGUCCAUGCCAAACGCAAUAUUUACACGAAUUUCAAUCUCCCGUCAUACGUUGACCAGGCAUUUGCCAAUCUGACGUCUAACGUCACUUUGAGCGCUGGUGUGAAAAUCGGCGACUACGAGACAACAUUGAACUAUACGCAAGGUGACCUCACGACCAAGACGGACGAGAGCUUGAACCUGCUGCUUCCCGUGUUAGCUCAGCCGAUCGUGCAGAAGAUCGUUACGGACUCCGUUCUUGGCAUCGAGACGUUGACGAUUAGCAAUCCCACUGAGACGAGCUUCUCCGUCUUGCUCAAUGGAUCCAUAACCAACGCCGGCCCAUUUGACGCUACGAUCAUGUUCUCGGAUGGGCUGUCCAUCGCGUGGAACAACCAGACUUUGGGAAAGAUGGCGAUGCCGAACGUGAGUCUCGUUGGCGAUGUCGGUGCAGCCUUGAACAUCCAAGAGGCAUCGUUCGAGAUCGCAAACUCAAAUGCUCUGGAGAAGUUCACUGAGGUUCUAUUAAACGAGGAAAGCUUCGAUUGGACCAUCUCCGGUGGUGGUCUCGUUGUGUCUGCCCUAGGCAUCAAUGUCGAGAACAUCACGAUAUCCAAGUUGGUGACAUUGAAGGGUAUGAAUGGGCUCCAGGACGGCGUUGUCAUUGAAUCAUUCGACCUUCCUGAGAACGAUCCGGCGGGCGGUGUCCACCUCACGCUGAACACGAGCAUUACGAACCCAUCACAAGUCGGUAUCGCGCUGGAUUCUAUCGCGUUCUCGAACUACUAUGGCUUGACAUACUUGGGCCCGGUCGCAUCGGAGAGUAGUUUCGAUCUGGCGCCUCUGUCUACGACUAGUCUUCCGCUAGUCGGACGUCUGGUCCCUCAGAAUGAGUCGAGUGGCCUCGCCGAUGUGUCGACCAUCUUCAACAACUUCAUUCAUGGCAAGGAUAGUAACGUCACCGUUUACGGCGCCUCCGCGGGUUCUGCAGAUGUGACAUGGUUGAACCAAGCCAUCAAGACACUGGAGAUCCAGACGUCUCUCCCUAAUCAAGGCGUCCAGAAGAUCAUCACUGGGGUCACGUUGGAAGAGAUGUCAAUGAUGUUCACGCAAGACACGGCCUAUGCGCCCGCAACGAGCAGCAAUGCAACGACUGCUUCUUUCACCAUCCCGUUCAAUUUCCCCGUGGACAUCACGGCAGUCGCUCAGAACAUCACAGCUGCGUACCAGGGCACUGACUUUGCUCAGCUGAUUAUUCCUCAAGGACCGGCGACAACGGACGUCGAUACUCGCAUCAUUCAUCUGACGUUCUCGAACAUCCCAUUCGACGUCAUAUCCGGCCGAGACAACGUUUUCCAGCAGUUCUUGGCCGAGGUGACGAUGUCGGCGAACGAGACGUUCCAACUCUCAGGCAACGCUGAUACCGAGGCUAGUACGGCUGUGGGUACUCUAUCGCUGACGGACAUCUCGUUCUCGGUCGACACAACGAUUGCCGGAUUGCAAGGUCUGGAUGCGGAGCCGGCACUUGUCCGCAACCUGGACGUUUAUCAUGGUUAUUCUGACUACCUGCUCAUCACCUGCGCGACGACGCUCCUGAACCCGAGCAACUUGACCAUCGGUACCGGGGACGUUUCAUUCGGCCUGCUCUUCAACGGCCAGACCGUGGGUAGCGCGGACAUCGACGGUCUCGUCAUCGUUCCUGGUUCUGCGAACUACAGCACGGGCGUGCAUUACUCUCCGCAAGGCGAGUCUGCCACCGCCGCGGGCGAACUGAUGCUCGAGAACUACAUUCAGGGUGUCAUUUCCUCCACGACGAUUCAGGGCUCCACGGAUACCACAAACGUUGACUCGCUGAAGCUAGCCAUGUCUGAGGUGAAGCUGCAAGCGGACAUCCCGGCCCUCCACCAGAACCUCAUAACGGCCGCAUCGCUCGUCUUCCCGAAGGAUAUUGUCAAGACUGGCGUUGCUGAUGCAACGUUUACGAUUGCGAACCCGUUCACCGCAAGCAUCAACCUCUUGACGGUCAAUGCGUCAACGUUCUACGACUCGCUCUACAUCGGCGGGUUUGACCAUGUUGACAUCAGCAGUUCGCCCAUCUCCGUCCCCGGACACGACAAUGCGACCUCCUCGACGCUACCAUUUGACUUCGACCUGGAUCCCUUGGUGAUCAUCCAGAUGCUCGAGUCGGCCGCACAAGCAGGUGGUGUUGACCUCGGACCCCUGACGGAUUUGUUCCAGAUGGUCAUCGACGACCCUGAUUAUCAUCCGAAUGUUACUGCUACAGUUGCGGAUGGGGAUUCAGGAUGUUCGAGCGGGAAUCAGUUUGACGUCGACGAUGCCAUUCUGAACGCACUUUCUGGGCUGAAGGUGGACCUGACAGUGGAGAGCGGACUCAAGCUAGACGACUUUGCCACUCAGUUAUCGUUCAAUCAGUCCACCGUCCCAGCUCAGACCGACGAGACCGCACUGUAUCUCAUUGGCGUAGUUGCUCCCCCAAUCGUUCAGAAACUCGUGUCGGCAGCGUCCAUCAGCUUCAAUAGGGCCAUCAUCAGCGAUAUCUCUGAGGAUGGAUUCAGCCUGUCACUGAACGGCUCUCUCACUGGCACAGGUCCUCUGGACGCCCUGAUCGAAUAUGUGGAACCGGUGGCGGUUAACUGGCAAGGCAGCGACAUUGCUACUCUCACUCUGCCGAAAGUGUGUGCUGCCGCAAAUGCGGGUGUACCCAACUACCAGACCGACGCACAGUUGGCGAUCACGGAUCAUGAUGCCUUCACGGAGUUCGCGACGUAUAUGCUCCACAACGAGGAUUUCGAGUGGACGAUCUCUACCAAUGCUCUCCGUGUCACUGCGUUGGGCACUGUCUUCGACGGCGUGCAGCUCACCAAGAACGUGACGCUGAAGGCAUUCGAUGGUCUACCGGGUGUCACUAUCUCUAACUUCCAGCUGCCUGGCGAUGCUCCUGAAGGCGGCAUCAGUAUCGAGACGGACUCGUCGAUACCAUCCCCGGCUCAACUCGGGGUGUCUCUUGGUACCGCUACAUUUGAGGCGUAUUAUGAAGGCGUACUCGUUGGACCUCUUCAGGCCUCCAAUCUUACACUGACGCCGGAGUCGACAACGUCCACGCACUUCAGCGGUCGCAUGAUCCCACAGAGCGGAGGAGACCUAGAUGUUGUUGGCCAGCUCUUCUCUAACUUCCUUGCCGGGGAGAACCAGACGUUGAGCGUAACUGGAGAGUCGGUGGAUCCAGGAUCUGGUAUAAUUGAGUGGCUCAGCACCGCCUUCAAGACGCUCACGAUCAAUGUGACACUUCCUGGCCAGAGAUACGAGGUCAUCAAAGCGAUCACAAUCGGUGACUUGGAGGUCGUCAUGACGGACGACGGCGAGGCCUACAGCCCACUCUCUAGCUCGAAGUCUACGGUAGCGCAAUACGCGAAUCCUUUCGGAUUUUCGUUGCAAGUCAUCGAGUCCGCAGAGGACAUCAUCAUUAGCGCCGGCGGUGGCGACGUGGCAUCGCUGAGCGUACCGGGUCAGCAAGUUUCCAGUGGCACUUCGACAGGAAACGACGUCGACAUGGUGCUGAGCUUCACCAGCGUCCCCAUGAACUCUCUCAGCGACAGCAACUUCAACGCCUUCUUCGCGGGAGUCACCCUCCAGAACGGCGUGGCCUUCGAGCUUUCUGGGGCAGCUAACACCACCGCGCGCACCCCAAUCGGUGACGUGCCGAUCUCGGGCAUUCCGUUCAACGUCUCCUCGUCUCUGGCUGGAAUUAACGGGUUCGGUGGCACCGCGUCCAUCUCAAACGUCACGAUCACUGGCAGCGGUGGUAAUGGUGGUGAUGAAUAUGUUGUUUCGCCGCUGACGACGACGAUCAACAACCCUUCGAAUAUAUCGUUGGACACUGACGACAUCUCGCUCGGUGUGACCUACCAGGGGACCUACAUCGGAAGAGCAGCCAUUCAGACCUUCAACCUUACCCCUGGCGAGAAUGCCAUCGCGUCAGAGUUCCACUACGAGCCCCAAGAUGCCAACGAUACGACUGCUCAGGCCUUCUUGGAGUCCUUCCUCACGACUGGCGACAGCCUUGCGUUGUCUAUCAAGGGCGACUCCGACAGCACUUCCUUCGGAUCGCUGGUGACCGCUCUGGAAGGCGUCUCGCUGAGUUCGUCCAUCACGGGCAUGAACGCGAACCCCAUCCUCACGCACGUGAACGUCUACAUCUCGCUCUCGACGCUCGUGACAAACCUUGUCGAGGUCGACUUCGACGUGCACAACCCCUUGGAUGCGGACCUCGACAUCUCGCGCGUGCAGGCCGAUAGUGGUGUCAACAACGAGGUCUAUGCAUUCUUCAACCAGCCAUUCGACUCGUUCGUUAUUCCGCCCGGUGGGACAGUGAACAGCGGGAAAUUCGGGAAUGUGCUCCUGACGAAGGGCGCUCUCGCAUCUCUGCCGAUUAUACCAUUGGGCUACCUCGACGUCGCGUCUGCGCAGACUCUGACCAUCGCAGUAGGAGGAUACGAGGUCCCUUGGAUGAAGCUCUGGCAACCAGGCACGCCGACAGAUUACCACCUGGACAUCCUUGGGCUCGAUUUCGGUGAUCUCGAGUCGGCACUGUCGAACAACUCGAGCUCGAACUCGAUCAUGUCUGCUGCGUCCUCCGCUGCAGGCAUCGUGGCCUCCGCGACAUCAGCCGCGGGGAGCGCCGUCUCUUCCGUGACGUCAGCCGCGGGGAGCGUAUUCUCCUCUGUGACCUCGUCCGUCGGCGGCGCGGUGUCGUCUGCUGCGUCGGCGGCAGAGAGCGAUGCGAGCUCGUUCGCCUCUGCAGCGAGCAGCGCCGUGACGUCCGCCGCGUCCGCCGCACAGAGCGUUGGGUCCGCAGCGCAGAGCGGCGCGGCGUCCGUAGCGUCCGAAGUGGCGAGCGACGUCAUGGCCAAAACCGCGUCGCCCGCGACAGCGUCCAGCUCAUAGACGGGCUCGCACGACGAACCGUCAUCCCUACCGAAUACCCGGCUAAUGUGUACAACGGCAUACGGACAAUACGGCAUAUGUGGCGAUACCUUGCAUGAUUCUUGACGGCUUGUACUUCUUAUGUGUAACUCUUAUGACGAUUUGACACGUUCUGUGACGGCUUGCGGUAUACACUCAACUUACAUACCGCUGUAUUAGUAGUACCAGUUCACCGUAUUGGCUUUUUGGCGGAGUGCUGUAUCUUUACCAGUCGUUUACAUGUAUGCUGCAUGUACGAGCUGAUGAUUCCAUGUUGAAUUGCAAACUGUACUCGUCUGACAGUCA